GGCAGCGGACAGAGGGACAUUCCUUCGCCGUCCUAGGAAACGCAGUUUCGCCCUAGGACUUGACAGCGGUGUUUAUGAAGUUAAUAUUUCCGUUAUGUCUUGCUUUACCGAGGGAUAUAAUAGUCUACGUUAGCAUUUAGCUGCAAUCCGUCUCCAUCUCCCGUGGUGUAAAUUUAGCGUGUUGCUAAAAUUAGCUAGCAUGUUAGCUAGUCUGCCUCUGUCAGUGAGCAUGGGAGACAAUAACGGAGUGAACGGGGAUUUGAACGCCAACUUAAGGUGCCAGAGUACCGGCGACCCGCAGCUGGACAAAGCGGUGGACCAAUGGUUGACCUGGGACAAGAACCGGCGGACUCGGGCGCAGGUGGAGGCUCUGGUGGCGGCGGGACGGAGGGAGGAUUUGAGGACAAGACUCUGCAGCAGGAUGAGCUUCGGCACGGCGGGACUCAGGGCGCCGAUGGGAGCUGGAUUCAACCGGAUCAACGACCUCACCGUCAUCCAAUCAACACAGGGGUUAUAUUCGUACCUGAGCAGGUAUUUCCCAGACUUCAGCAGCAGAGGAGUGGUUGUUGGUUUUGACACCAGAGGACAGGAAGAGAGCGGCUGCAGCAGUCAGAGGUUGGCGAAGUUGGCGGCUGCGGUGAUGCUCAGCAGAGACGUUCCUGUUCAUCUCUUCUCCACGUUUGUCCCGACGCCGUACGUGCCGUACGCUGUGAAGAAGCUCGGUGCUGCAGCUGGAGUGAUGAUCACCGCCUCGCACAAUCCUAAAGAAGACAACGGAUACAAGGUGUACUGGUGUAACGGCGCUCAGAUCUCCUCGCCUCACGACAAGGAGAUCCUGCAGAGUAUCGAGGAGCAGCUGGAGCCCUGGAGCGCCUCCUGCUGGGAGGAGGAGCUGGUGGAGCACUGCUCCCUGAGGACCGACCCCCUGACCCAGAUCAACAGCUGCUACAUGGACGAGCUGACCUCGCUCUGCUUCCACAGGGAUCAGAACACAAGCUGCCCGUUGAAGUUUGUCCACUCAUCGUUCCACGGCGUCGGACACGCCUUCGUCCAGCAGGCCUUCCACGCCUUUGGCUUCGCCCCGCCCAUCCCCGUCCCCGAGCAGAAAGACCCCGACCCCAACUUCUCGUCCGUCCGCUGCCCCAACCCUGAGGAGGGAGAGUCGGUCCUGGAGCUCUCUCUUCUUCUGGCUGAGCGGGAAAAGGCUUGCAUCGUCCUGGCGACAGACCCUGAUGCCGAUCGAUUGGCGGUCGCAGAGAAGUCUGACGGGUGCGGUUGGAAGGUGUUCACGGGUAACGAGCUGGCGGCCCUGUUGGGUUGGUGGAUGUUCUUUAAUUGGAAGGAGGCUCAUCCCGAUCCUGCCGACACUCAGAAGGUUUACAUGUUGGCCACCACGGUUUCCUCCAAGAUCCUGCAGGCCUUCGCUCGCAUCGAGGGCUUCCACUACGAGGAAACUCUUCCUGGGUUUAAGUGGAUCGGGAACAGAAUACACGAACUCUCCAAAACAGGCAACAGCGUCAUCUUUGCCUUUGAGGAGUCGAUUGGUUUCCUGUGUGGCAGCAUGGUUCCGGAGAAAGAUGGUGUGAGUUCGGCGGUGGUUGUGGCUGAGAUGGCUGCUUACCUCCACAACAAGAAGCUGAGUCUGGAGCAACAGCUGCACAACAUCUACCAGACGUACGGUCAUCACGUGUCCAAAACGUCGUACGUCAUCUGUAACGACCCGCCAACCAUCCAGAAGAUCUUCAGCCGGAUCCGAAACUUUGACGGCGAUGCUUCGUACCCGAAGACGUGCGGCGGCGUCCUGAUCGUCCACAUCAGAGACGUUACCACGGGAUACGACAGCAGCCAGCCCGACUGCAGAUCGGUACUUCCUGUGACGAGGAGCAGUCAAAUGAUCACCUUCACUCUCCAGAACGGCAUCGUGGCAACGCUGAGAACCAGCGGCACCGAACCCAAAAUCAAAUACUACACCGAGUACUGCGCCGCGCCGGGGAACAGCGAGGCGUCCCGUCUGGAGGAGGAGUUAGGGAAGAUCACCGCCGCCUUGCUGGACGAGUUCCUGGAGCCCGAGCGGAACAACCUGAUUCGUCGCCGCGUCUAGCUCCGCCCCCCUCCCACACCUGUUCAACCCCUUCCUGCCGCUGCUUCUCUCUGUGGUAUCCGGAAAGUUCAGUUGAGACUAAAAUAUAAACUGAAUCAUUAAAAAGUAAUAAAUAUUUAGUUGAACUUUGGUCCUUCAUAAAGCAGAGAGCAUGAUGCAGUACUGCAGUGUCCAGUUUUAUUUUGAUUUGAGUUUGUGAAACCAAAUAUUGCUGUCUGAACUGUAAAGACUUGAAAUAAAUAUAUACAUGGAAGUUUAAUAACGACAAAACAAAUUAACACACAGUUGCACAGUUUUGAGAUUGAACGUGCCCGUUUCUCUAAUGUCCCCACAGUAAACUAAAUCUCUUUUGGUAAAUUGGACAUUCAAAGACGUCACUUUGGACUCUGAGAACGGUUAGUCAAUAAUUUUGUCAUUAAUGAACUUCCGUAAAUACAUAUAAAAAGGGA